AUGAAGCUCUUCUUGUUGGCGGUUCCUCUGGCGUUCUUCUGCCUGGUCCAGGGCUUCUCCGAUGACCCUCAGCACCGGGAGAAGGUAAGGAGGUCCUAUGGGUCAUCUAGACUGACCCGCUUCUUCUGGGGUCCUCCAACGUCCAUCUCUGCCCCCAACUGGGCUCUCCUUCCUUCCCUCCUUCCUCCCUCCCUCCUUCCCUCCCUCUCUUUCCUUCCCUCCUUCCUUCCAUCUUUCUUUCUUUCUUUCUUUCCUCCCUCCCUCCCUCCCUUCUUUCUUUCCUUUGUCUUCCUUCCUUUCCUCCUUCCUUCCUUCUUUUUCUUUCUUUCUUUCUUUCCUUCCUUCCUUCAUUCCUUCCUUCCUUCCUUUAUUCCUUCUUUCUUUCCUUCUCUUUCCUUCUUUCUUUCCUUCUUUCCUUCUUCUUCUUUCUUUCUUUCUCUUCCUCCUCCUCCUCCUUCCUUCCCUCCUCCUCCUCCUCCUUCCUUCCUUCCUCCUCCCUCCUUCCAUCUUCCUUUCUUUCUCCUCCUCCUUCUUUCUUUCUCUCCUCGCCUUCCUUACCUCCUCCUUCCUUCUUCUUUCUUUCCUCCCUCUCCUUCCUCCUCCAUCCUUCCUUCUCGCUCCUCUCCUCCUCCCUCCUUCCUUCCUCCCUCCUUCCAUCUUUCUUUCUUCCUCCUCCCUCCUUCUUUCUUUCCUUCGCCUUACCUCCCUCCUUCCUUAUCUUUCUUUCAUUUCCUCCUUCUCCUUCCCUCCCUCCUUCCUUCCUUCCUCCUUCCUUCCUUCCAUCCUUCCUUCAUCCAGACCACCCCACUUCCUGUGGGUCCUCCAACCUCCCUCUCUGCCCCCCAACCAGGCCAAAGGAAGAUGGAUGGCCUUGGCCCUCAGCACCACCGACCCCAAAAUCCUGGAGCACAUGGAGAAGAUGAAGAUCGUCAUGGUGGACGUCAGCUUUGAGGAGACGAUGUGGUGGUGGAGACCCGCAUUCCCACGUAAGGGGGGCAGGAAGUGGCUGGUUUGGGGACAGGAAGUGGCUGUUUGGGAGAGGAAGGGGCUGAUUUUGGGACAGGAAGUGGCUGGUUCGGGAGAGGAAGUCCCUAUUUUGGAACAGGACGGACUUGGGGGACAGGAAGUGGCUGGUUUUGGGAGAGGAAGUGCCUGUUUGGGAGAGGAAGGGGCUGGUUUUGGGAAGAGGAAGUCCCUAUUUUGGAACAGGAUGGGGCGGAAGGGGGCAGGAGGGUCAUCCGGACAGAGUUUGGGGACAGGAAGUGCCUGUUUGGGAGAGGAAGGGGCUGGUUUUGGGACAGGAAGGGCCUGUUUGGGAGAGGAAGGGGCUGGUUUUGGGGCAGGAAGUGGCUGUUUGGGAGAGGAAGGGGCUGGUUUUGGGAGAGGAAGUGCCUGUUUGGGAGAGGAAGUGGCUGGUUCGGGAGAGGAAGUCCCUAUUUUGGAACAGGAUGGGGCGGAAGGGGGCAGGAGGGUCUGGUUUGGGGACAGGAAGGGGCUGGUUUUGGGACAGGAAGUGCCUGUUUGGGACAGGAAGUGCCUGGGAGAGGAAGUGGCUGGUUUUGGGACAGGAAGUGCCUGUUUGGGACAGGAAGUGCCUGGGAGAGGAAGUGGCUGGUUUUGGGACAGGAAGUGCCUGUUUGGGAAGAGGAAGUCCCUAUUUUGGAACAGGAUGGAGUGCCUGUUUGGGAGAGGAAGUGGCUGGUUUGGGGACAGGAAGUGCCUGUUUGGGAGAGGAAGGGGCUGUUUGGGAAGAGGAAGUCCCUAUUUUGGAACAGGAUGGGGUGGAAGGGGGCAGGAGGGUCAUCCGGACAGAGUUUUGGGACAGGAAGUGCCUGUUUGGGAGAGGAAGGGGCUGGUUUGGGAGAGAAGUGCCAGUUUGGGAGAAGAAGUGCCUGUUUAGGAGAGGAAAUGCCUGUUUGGGAGAGGAAGUGGCUGGUUCGGGAGAGGAAGUGGCUGUUUGGGAAGAGAAGUCCCUUUUUUGGAACAGGAUGGGGUGGAUGUGGGCAGGAGGGUCAUCCGGACAGAGUUUGGGGACAGGAAGUGCCUGGUUUGGGACAGGAAGUGGCUGGUUCGGGAGAGGAAGUGCUUGUUUGGGAAGAGGAAGUCCCUAUUUUGGAACAGGACGUACUUGGGGGAGAGGAAGGGCCUGGUUUGGAAGAGGAAGUCACGGGUUUGGGAGACGAAGUGCCUGGUUUGGGACAGGAAGUGCCUGUUUGGGAGAGGAAGUGCCUGUUUGGGAAGAGGAAGUCCCUAUUUUGGAACAGGAUGGGGUGGAAGGGGGCAGGAGGCUCAUCCGGACAGAGUUUUGGGACAGGAAGUGCCUGUUUGGGAGAGGAAGUGGCUGGUUUUGGGACAGGAAGUGCCUGUUUGGGAGAGGAAGGGGCUGGUUUUGGGACAGGAAGUGCCUGUUUGGGAGAGGAAGGGGCUGGGUGUGGGACAGGAAGUGGCUGGUUCGGGAGAGGAAGUGCCUGUUUGGGAGAGGAAGGGCCUGUUUGGGAAGAGGAGUCCCUAUUUUGGAACAGGACGGACUUGGGGAGAGGAAGGGCCUGGUUUGGAGAGGAAGUCACUGUUUUGGGAUGGGGUGUCCUAGUUUUGGGACAGGAAGUCCCUAUUUUUUGAACAGGAUGGGGCGGAAGGGGGCAGGAGGGUCAUCCGGACGGACUUGGGGGAGAGGAAGGGCCUGGUUUGGGAGAGGAAGUGCCUGUUUGGGAGAGGAAGUGGCUGUUUGGGAAGAGGAAGUCCCUAUUUUGGAACAGGAUGGGGUGGAAGGGGGCAGGAGGGUCAUCCGGACAGAGCUUUUGGGACAGGAAGUGCCUGUUGGGGAGCCGAAGGGCCUGUUUGGGAGAGGCAGGGCCUGGUUUGGGACAGGAAGUCCCCCUUUUCCCGGAAAGGGGGUGUCCUGAUUUCCCCCGAUUUAUUUAUUUUUUUUUUUGUGUCUCGCCCCCAUUUUUGCCCCGAUAAAAAUGCCUGGUUUGGGAGAGGAAGUGCCUGUUUGGGAGAGGAAGUGGCUGUUUGGGAGAGGAAGGGGCUGGUUUUGGGGCAGGAAGGGCCUGUUUGGGAGAGGAAGGGGCUGGUUUGGGAAGAGGAAGUCCCUAUUUUGGAACAGGAUGGAGUGCCUGUUUGGGAGAGGAAGUGGCUGGUUUGGGGACAGGAAGUGCCUGCUUGGGAGAGGAAGGGGCUGUUUGGGAAGAGAAGUCCCUAUUUUGGAACAGGACGGACUAGGGGGCAGGAGGCUCAUCCGGACAGAGUUUUGGGACAGGAAGUGGCUGUUUGGGAGAGGAAGGGGCUGGUUUUGGGGCAGGAAGUGGCUGUUUGGGAGAGGAAGUGGCUGGUUUGGGACAGGAAGUGCCUGUUUGGGAGAGGAAGGGGCUGGUUUGGGAAGAGGAAGUCCCUAUUUUGGAACAGGAUGGGGCAGAAGGGGGCAGGAGGGUCUGGUUUUGGGACAGGAAGGGGCUGGUUUUGGGACAGGAAGUGCCUGUUUGGGAGAGGAAGGGGCUGGUUUUGGGACAGGAAGUGCCAGUUUGGGAGAGGAAGUGCCUGCUUGGGAGAGGAAGGGGCUGGUUCGGGAGAGGAAGUCCCUAUUUUGGAACAUGAUGGGGUGGAAGGGGCAGAACAGAGUUUGGGGACAGGAAGUGCCUGUUUGGGAGAGGAAGGGGCUGGUUUUGGGACAGGAAGUGCCUGUUUGGGACAGGAAGUGCCUGUUUGGGAGAGGAAGUGGCUGGUUCAGGUGAGGAAGUCCCUAUUUUGGAACAUGAUGGGGUGGAAGGGGGCAGGACAGAGUUUUGGGACAGGAAGUGCCUGUUUGGGAGAGGAAGGGGCUGGUUUUGGGAGAGGAAGUGCCUGUUUGGGAGAGGAAGUGGCUCGUUUUGGCGACAGGAAGUGCCUGUUUGGGAGAGGAAGUGGCUCGUUUUGGGAGAGGAAGUGCCUGUUUGGGAGGGGAAGUGGCUGUUUGGGAGAGGAAGUACCUGUUUGGGAGAGGAAGUGGCUGGGUUUGGGACAGGAAGUGCCUGUUUGGGAGAGGAAGUGCCUGUUUGGGAGAGGAAGUGGCUGGUUUUGGGAGAGGAAGUUCCUGUUUGGGAGAGGAAGGGGCUGGUUUUGGGACAGGAAGUGCCUGUUUGGGAAGAGGAAGUCCCUAUUUUGGAACAGGACGGACUUGGGGGAGAGGAAGGGCCUGGUUUGGGAGAGGAAGGGGCUGGUUUUGGGACAGGAAGUGCCUGUUUGGGACAGGAAGUGCCUGUUUGGGAGAGGAAGGGGCUGGUUUUGGGAGAGGAAGUGCCUGUUUGGGACAGGAAGUGCCUGUUUGGGAGAGGAAGGGGCUGGUUUUGGGACAGGACGUGCCUGUUUGGGAGAGGAAGGGGCUGGUUUUGGGAGAGGAAGUGCCUGUUUGGGAGAGGAAGUCCCUAUUUUGGAACAGGAUGGGGGCGGAAGGGGCAGGAGGGUCAUCCGGACAGAGUUUGGGGACAGGAAGUGCCUGGUUUGGGACAGGAAGUCCCCUUUUCACAGAAAGGGGUGUCCUGAUUUCCCGAUAAAUAUAUAUAUAUUUAUUUUCUCGCCCCCAAUUUCCCCAAUAAAUAUAUAUAUCUUCCUUUUCUCGCCCCGAUUUCCCCGAUAAAUAUAUAUAUUUUCCUUUUUCUGCCCUCAAUUUCCCCGACAAAUAUAUAUAUAUUUCUUUUCUCGCUCCCAAUUUCCCCCAAUAAAUAUAUAUAUAUUUCUUUUCUCGCCCCCAUAAAUAUAUAUAUAUUUCUUUUUCUCGCCCCGAUUUCCCCGAUAAAUAUAUAUAUUUUCCUUUUCUCGCCCCCAAUUUCCCCGAUAAAUAUAUAUAUAUUUCUUUUUCUGCCCUGAUUCCCCCAAUAAAUAUAUAUAUUUUCUUUUUCUCGCUCCCCCUUUUUCCGGCAGACCCCAUGGCUGCAAAUCCUUCAAGAUGGUUUUCAGGAGAGGCGAAGACGGGAAAUACUACCACAAAUGCAGUUCGUAUAAUAAGAAUAUAUUCUCAAUUAAUAUAAAUAUUGUACAUUAUAAUAACAUCAUUAUCAAUAUAUAUUAUAAUGAAUAGUAUUAUUAUCAUUAACAUGAAUACUUGUAUUUUUAAUAUGAAAAACCGUAUUUUUCAUAUAAAUACUUGUCUUUUUAAUAUGAAUACUUGUCUUUUUAAUAUGAAUCAUCGUAUUCAUAUUAAAAUACGAUUAAUAAGAAUAAUCAUAUUUUAAUAUGAAUACUUGUAUAUUUAAUAUGAAUCAUCGUAUUUUUAAUAUGAAUCAUCGUAUUUUCAUAUGAAUCAUCGUAUUUUAAUAAGAAUAAUCAUAUUUUAAUAUGAAUACUUGUAUAUUGAAUAUGAAUCAUCGAAUUUUUAAUAUGAAUCAUCGUAUUUUUAAUAUGAAUCAUCGUAUUUUCAAUAUCAAUCAUAUUUUAAUAUGAAUAAUUGUAUUUUCAAUAUUAAUCAUAUUUUAAUAUGAAUAAUCGUAUUUUAAUAUGAAUAAUUGUAUUUUUAAUAUGAAAAAUUGUUUUUAAAUUUGAAAAAUUGUAUUUUAAUAUGAAAAAUCAUAUUUGUAAUAUGAAAAAUCAUAUCUUUAAUACGAAAAACCAUACUUUUAAUAUGAAUACUUGUCUUUUUAAUAUAAAUUAUCGUAUUUUUAAUAUGAAUACUUGUAUUUUUAAUAUGAAUAAUUGUAUUUCCAAUAUUAAUCAUAUUUUAAUAUGAAUAAUCCUAUUUUUAAUCUGAAUAAUCCAAUUUUUGAUAUCAAAAUCCUUUUUUAAAUAUGAACAAUCCUAUUUGUAAUAUGAAUUAUCCGAUUUUCAAUAUUCAUUAUCCUAUUUUUAAUCUGAAUAAUCCUAUUUUUAAUACGAAUAAUCCUAUUUUUAACCUGAAUAAUCCUAUUUUUAAUCUGAAUAAUCCUAUUUUUAACAUGAAUCCUAGUAUUUUUAACACGAACAAUCGCCUUUUUAGUAUGAAAAAUCAUAUUUUAAUAUGAAUACUCAUAUUUUCAAUAUCACUAAUCGUAUUUUUAAUAUGAAUAAUCAUAUUUUUUAAAUAUGAAUAAUCCUAUUUUUAAUAAGAAUAACCGUAUUUUUAAUAUGAAUAAUCCUAUUAUGAAUAUGAAUAAUCCUAUUUUUAAUAUGAAUAACUGUAUUUUUAAUAUGAAUAAUCCUAUUAUGAAUAUGAAUAAUCCUAUUUUUAAUAUGAAUAACCGUAUUUUUAAUAUGAAUAAUCCUAUUAUGAAGAUGAAUAAUCCGAUUUGUCUUAUGAAGCACCCUAUUUUUAAUAGGAAUAAUCACAUUGCUAAUAUUAAUAUUAGUAUUUUUAAUAUCAAUAAUCCUAUUUUUAACAUGAAUAAUCCUAUUUUUCGUACACUGGGGAAGCCAGCAUAUUAUGUAUUAUUAUUAUUAUUAUAUGGCCUUUCCUUCCUCCAGAAUUCGGAGAUCAUAAAGUGGAGGUCAUAGAGACGGACGGCCAGACGUACGCCAUCGUCGACUUGAUCACCAGCCGGGAUGGACAGACCUACCAGACCUCCACGCUCUAUGGUAAUAUUAUGUAUGUAUAUAUAUUAUUAAGCCCAGGAAGAGAGGCUCUUAUUAUUAUUAUUAUUAUUAUUAUUUCAUUUAUACGCAUCCUCUGCUUCCCUUGCAAAAUACUGCUAUUAUUAUUAUUUCAUUAUUAUUAUUAUUAUUAUUAUUAAGCCCAGGAAAGAGAGGCUAUUAUUAUUAUUAUUAUUUCAUUUAUACCCAUCCUCUGCUUCCCUUGCAAAAUACUGCUGUUAUUAUUAUUUCAUUUAUAUAUUAUUAUUAUUAUUAUUAUUAUUAAGCCCAGGAAAGAGAGGAUAUUAUUAUUAUUAUUAUUUCAUUUAUACCCAUCCUCUGCUUCCCUUGCAAAAUACUAUUAUUAUUAUUUCAUUUAUUAUUAUUAUUAUUAUUAUUAUUAAGCCCAGGAAAGAGAGGCUCUUAUUAUUAUUAUUAUUAUAUAUUAUUAUUAUUAUUUCAUUUAUACCCAUCCUCUGCUUCCCUUGCAAAAUACUGCUAUUAUUAUUAUUUCAUUUAUUAUUAUUAUUAUUAUUAUUAUUAUUAAGCCCAGGAAAGAGAGGCUAUUAUUAUUAUUAUUAUUAUUAUUAUUAAGCCCAGGAAAGAGAGGCUAUUAUUAUUAUUAUUAUUAUUAUUAUUAUUUCAUUUAUACCCAUCCUCUGCUUCCCUUGCAAAAUACUGCUAUUAUUAUUAUUUCAUUUAUUAUUAUUAUUAUUAUUAUUAUUAAGCCCAGGAAAGAGAGGCUCUUCUUCUUCUUCUUCUUCUUCUUCUUCUUCUUCUUCUUCUUCUUCUUAUUUCAUUUAUACCCAUCCUCUGCCUCCCUUGCAAAAUACUGCUAUUAUUAUUAUUUCAUUUAUUUUUAUUAUUAUUAUUAUUAAGCCCAGGAAAGAGAGGCUCUUAUUCUUAUUAUUAUUAUUAUUCUUAUUAUUAAUAUUAUUUCAUUUAUACCAUCCUCUGCCUCCCUUGCAAAAUACUGCUAUUAUUAUUAUUUCAUUUAUUAUUAUUAAUAUUAUUAUUAUUAUUAUUAUUAUUAUUAAGCCCAGGAAAGAGAGGCUAUUAUUAUUAUUAUUAUUAUUAUUAUUAUUAUUAUUAUUAUUAUUAUUUCAUUUAUACCCAUCCUCUGCUUCCCUUGCAAAACACUGCUACUAUAUUAUUUCAUUUAUUAUUAUUAUAUAUUAUUAUUAUUAUUAUUAAGUCCAGGAAAGAGAGGCUCUUCUUCUUCUUAUUCUUCUUAUUCUUCUUAUUAAUAUUAUUUCAUUUAUACCCAUCCUCUGCUUCCCUUGCAAAAUACUGCUUUUAUUAUUAUUUUAAUUAUUAUUAUUAUUAUUAUUAUUUUUAUUAUUAAGCCCAGUAAAGAGUGUCUAUUAUUAUUAUUAUUAUUUCAUUUAUACCCAUCCUCUGCUUCCCUUGCAAAAUACUGCUAUUAUUAUCAUUUCAUUUAUUAUUAUUAUUAUUAUUAUUAUUAUUAUUAAGCCCAGGAAAGAGAGGCUAUUAUUAUUAUUACUAUUAUUAUUAUUAUUUCAUUUAUACCCAUCCUCUGCUUCCCUUGCAAAAUACUGCUAUUAUUAUUAUUUCAUUUCUUCUUCUUCUUCUUCUUCUUCUUCUUCUUCUUCUUCUUCUUCUUUCAUUUAUACCCAUCCUCUGGUCCCCUUAUAAAAUGCUAUUAUUAAUAAUAAUAAUAUCCCGAUUUAAUAACACUAUCAAAGACUAAUAAUAAUAAUAUACUGGUUUACUAACACUAUCGAGAACUAAUACUAAAUAAUAAUAAUAAUAUCCUGAUUUACUAACAUUAUCAAGAACUAAUAAUAAUUAAUAAUAAUAUACUGAUUUAAUAAUAAUAUACUGUUGAGGCCUACUCCUCCUCCUCCUCCUAUUAUUAUUAUUAAUAACACUAUCAAGGCCUACUACUAUUACUAUUACUAAUAUUAUUAUUACUACUAUUAAUAAUUAUUAUUCAUAUGCUACUACUACUACUACUACUAAUAUUAUUAUUAUUAUUAAUAACACUAUCAAGGCCUACUAAUAUUAUUAUUACUACUAUUAAUAAUUAUUAUUAUUCAUAUACUACUACUACUACUAAUAUUAUUAUUAUUAAUAACACUAUCAAGGCCUACUACUAUUACUAUUAUUAUUAUUAUUACUACUAUUAAUAAUUAUUAUUCAUAUACUACUACUACUACUAUUAUUAUUAUUAAUAACACUAUCAAGGCCUACUACUAUUACUAUUACUAAUAUUAUUAUUACUACUAUUAAUAAUUAUUAUUCAUAUACUACUACUACUACUAAUAUUAUUAUUAUUAAUAACACUAUCAAGGCCUACUACUACUAUUACUAUUACUAAUAUUAUUAUUACUACUAUUAAUAAUUAUUAUUCAUAUACUACUACUACUACUACUACUAUUAUUAUUAAUAACACUAUCAAGGCCUACUACUAUCUAUUACUAAUAUUAUUAUUACUACUAUUAAUAAUUAUUAUUCAUCUACUACUACUACUACUACUAAUAUUAUUAUUAUUAAUAACACUAUCAAGGCCUACUACUAUCUAUUACUAAUAUUAUUAUUACUACUAUUAAUAAUUAUUAUUCAUAUACUACUACUACUACUAAUAUUAUUAUUAUUAAUAACACUAUCAAGGCCUACUACUACUAUUACUAUUACUAAUAUUAUUAUUACUACUAUUAAUAAUUAUUAUUCAUAUACUACUACUACUACUACUACUAAUAAUAUUAUUAUUAAUAACACUAUCAAGGUCUACUACUAGUAGUAUUAUUAUUAUUCAUAACCCUAUCAAGGCCUACUACUAUUCCUAUUACUAUUAUUAUUACUACUACUAUUAGUAAUUAUUCUUCAUAUUUCCCAGCCCGCGACGCCGAAUCCCAGCCAAUCGGCUUGCUGGAGGACUUCCAGCAGCGCAGCGAAAACCGAGGAUUCGCUUCCGAGCAAAUCAAGAUCUUCCCCAAGGAAGGUGAGUCGGUCCUCCAAGAAGGUCCUCCAAGACGGUCCUCCAAGGCGGGACCUCGGAGGGUCAUCCAUCCCAUAAUAACCGCCUUUCUCCUCUCUCUCUCUCUGCAGUGGCCUGCCAGGACGAAGCGGUGAGUAUUCCCGAAUUCGGGUCUGUCUUGAUGGACAUUUCCCACUUUGGGAAAUGUCAGGUCUGUCUGGAUGGACAUUGCCCAGUUUGGGAAAUCUCAGGUCUAUAGCUUGAUGGAGAACAUCUCAGGUCUAUCUUGAUGGACAUUUCCCAUGGUUGAGAAAUCUCAGGUCUAUCUUGUUGGACCUUUCCCACUUUGGAAAUCUCAGGUCUGUCUGGAUGGACAUUGCCCAGUUUGGGAAAUCUCAGGGCUAGCUUGGUGGAGGACAUCUCAGGUCUAUCUUGUUGGACCUUUCCCACUUUGGGAAAUCUCAGGUCUGUCUGGAUGGACAUUGCCCAGUUUGGGAAAGGUCAGGUCUGUCUGGAUGGACAUUGCCCAGUUUGGGAAAUCUCAGGGCUAGCUUGGUGGAGGACAUCUCAGGUCGAUCUUGAUGGACAUUUCCCAUGGUUGAGAAAUCUCAGGUCUAUCUUGUUGGACCUUUCCCACUUUGGGAAAUCUCAGGUCUGUCUGGAUGGACAUUGCCCAGUUUGGGAAAGGUCAGGUCUGUCUGGAUGGACAUUGCCCAUGGUGGAGAAAUCUCAGGUCAAUAGCUUGAUGGAGGACAUCUCGGGGCUUUUUGGAUGGACAUUUCCCAUUUUGGGAAAUCUCAGGUCUAUCUUGAUAGACAUUUCCCGUUUGGGGAAAUCUCAGGUCUGUCUUGAUGGAUAAUUCCCAGGGUGCAGAAAUCUCAGGUCUAUCUGGAUGGACAUCUUCCAGGUCUAUCUGGAUGGACAUUUCCCAUUUUGGGAAAUCUCAGGUCUAUCUUGGUGGGUAUUUCCCAGGUUUAUAUUGAUGGACAUCUCCCAUGGUGGAGAAAUCUCACGUCUAUCUGGAUGGACAUUUCCCAUUUUGGGAAAUCUCAGGUCUAUCUUGGUGGACAUUGCCCAUUUUGGGAAAUCUCAGGUCUAUCUGGAUGGACAUCUCCCAUUUUGGGAAAUCUCAGGUCUAUCUUGGUGGACAUUUCCCAUUUUGGGAAAUCUCACGUCUAUCUUGAUGGACAUUUCCCAAGUCUACCUUGAUGGACAUUUCCCAAGUCUAAUUGAUGGCCAUUUCCCAUUUUGGGAAAUCUCAGGUCUAUCGUGAUGGACAUUUCCCAAGUCUAUGUUUUGGACAUUUCCCAAGUCUACCUUGAUGGACAUUUCCCAUUUUGGGAAAUCUCAGCUCUACCUUGAUGGACAUUUCCCAUUUUGGGAAAUCUCAGCUCUACCUUGAUGGACAUUUCCCAAGUCUACCUUGAUCUCCCUCAAGAUAUCUUGAUGGACAUUUCCCAGCUCCACCUUGAUGGACAUUUCCCAAGUCUAGAUGGACAGUUCCCAUUUUGGGAAAUCUCAGCUCUACCUUGAUGGACAUUUCCCAUUUUGGGAAAUCUCAGCUCUACCUUGAUGGACAUUUCCCAUUUUGGGAAAUCUCAGCUCUACCUUGAUGGACAUUUCCCAUUUUGGGAAAUCUCAGCUCUACCUUGAUGGACAUUUCCCAUUUUGGGAAAUCUCAGCUCUACCUUGAUGGACAUUUCCCAUUUUGGGAAAUCUCAGCUCUAUCUUGAUGGACAUUUCCCAUUUUGGGAAAUCUCAGCUCUACCUUGAUGGACAUUUCCCAUUUUGGGAAAUCUCAGCUCUACCUUGAUGGACAUUUCCCAAGUCUAGAUGGACAGUUCCCAGGUCUAUCUUGAUGGACAUUUCCCAAGCUUGGAAACCUCACCUUCUCUUCUCCUUCUCUUCUAGGAAUGA